GGGAAACAGUUGUGGAUCCGGGUGGGAGGCAGACUGCAUUGGAUAAUCCAGAAUGUUGGAUAAGUGAGACUCGACUGUAUCCAUGUGGUACAACUUUGGAGACAGCCAUUGACUUUACUAGCAAUGUUUUACUUGAGCACAGUCACACAGAAAUGUAGCCUUGUAUUUAUAUGAUGGUAAUUAAAAUGAAAGAUGCCCCUAUCAGGUCCAAUGUUACUAUGGAAAGACUUCACUUUGCUUGAAUCAGCCCCUCUGUCUGGAGCAGAACUUGGGGUAAUUGAUUUUUAAUAAAAAUUCCCAGACCCCAGUACCAGUUGGACUAAGGUUGGCCAUGCUUGCAAUGAGAUUCUGAGAGUUAUAGUCCAAAAAGCAACUCUCAAAUUAUCGCACAGAGAGGAACAGGGAAAGUUUGGAUCAGUUUUAGGGAAUAUUGUAGAGAUUUGGGAAGUUUGAUACCACUAGAACUUAAUUGUGCCAAAUUCUGGAAAUUUUCGUUCUGCCAGUCUACUAUAACUGAACUAUAGCACUGGAGCUUUCUGGAAAAAAGUCCUAAGGACCUCACCAAAUUGCACAUUUCAAGAUUCUCUAAGGUGAAGCCAUGACAAAACUGAAGUGUAGCCAAGUGUUAAAAUUGUUAAAAUCCUUUAGAUACACCUCACAAAAUUUUUUGCUUUAAAAAAAAGUUCCAGGCAGGUAGACAUAUUUCAUGAACUCAGGUACUGGUAAUAAAUGUAUGGUACUCUUAGAUUCCAGAGGAUUAGGGGAAGGCCCGACAAGAGUUUAGCCUACCUCCCACCAAAAUGUUUUAAUUCACAACCAUCCACUGGUUUUGGUAGAGUACAACUGAAUGUUUUAGCUAUUCUGAACGUAGCAGUGCCCCCUCCCUUCUUUUAAGUUUGAAUUCAAUGUUCCUAUGACUUGUGGCACAUUGGGGAAGGCCUGUACAUGUGUGAAACCUGGAACUCUUUAAAGGCUGGGAUGGGAACCAGGAGGCUUCUAGGACCCAGAAACUGAGACACUCUCCAAGCUUCAGGCUGCCUCUCACCCUUCACUGCAGUGGAUCUGUGCAUCAGAUACUGUGGAGAAGCAGCAGCAGCAGAGAGAGGUACCCAGUAUGCUGGAAGCCUGCACAGAGAAGCCUGUCUGAUGAACUGGUGUACAUGGGGACUGUGUUCAGGAUUGCAACAAGCUCCUUCUCAAUUGCAAAAUGGGCAGCCAACUUGUCUUUUCUUCUGUGUCACUCAAGAGGAAAUAAUCACACCAGAAUUCUUCUACUCACCAAUUUUAAAUUCCAUAAUCCUUUAUGAGAGGUGCUAACAUUCCCUGGGAAGAAGAAUGUCCUGCACCUUGAGUGAGGAAAGCUUCUUUCUUUUCAUAUCAGGACAGGUCCCGUGAUUUUUUGACAUCACCAUGCCAUUCAAUUCAAUGACGGACCAUUGGAAUGAGUUGAAAAUGGACACGUUUAGCUAAAUGUGAUACAUAAUGACUUCUAAAACUGAGUGGCACCCUCAGAGGCACAUCGAUCCUGUUGGGCUCUAAUGCCAGCACAGAAGAUGACCAAAAUAUCAUCUCAGGGUUCCGGGUCGCUCUUUUGCUGCUACAACUACUGAUUCUCUGUGAUUAAUCUCUGGUAACCCAGAAUAGGAUGGGUGAUGGACUUGUGACAGGAGGUGCUAGUCUCCAUGGAGCCUCCGUUACCUGCCCAGUGGAUGCAGAGUUCUGUCAGGGUAAGGCAGCUUCUCCAGACACCCCAGAGUUCUGUGCUUCUCAAUUCCAGCCUUGGUACCAAGACCAGAGAUGUGGCUUCAGAAUCUGUAGGCCUUUUCUUCAUGCUUUUGAUUGACUUGACAGCCAUAGUAGGCAAUGUUGCCAUUAUGACGGUCAUUCUCAAGACCCCAUCUCUGAGAAAGUUUGUCUUUGUGUUCCACCUCUGCCUGGUGGACCUCCUGGCUGCUGUCACCCUGAUGCCUCUGGCAAUACUGUCCAGCUCAGCCUUCUUUGAUGGCACAGUGAUGGGGGAUGCCAUAUGUCGUACCUACCUGUUCUUAAGCGUGUGCUUCAUUACCAUGUGCAUACUCUCAGUCUCAGCCAUUAAUGUAGAACGGUAUUAUUAUGUGGUGCACCCCAUGCGCUAUGAAGUGAAAAUGACCAUAGGCCUGGUGGCUUGUGUCCUAGCUGGUGUCUGGAUUAAAGCAGUAGUCAUGUCCCUCCUCCCCAUCCUGGGAUGGCUUUCUCAAGACCAUGUCAGCAGUACUCCAGCCUACAAUGGACGAACCUGCACCUUGCAGUGGAGUCAGAGUGCCUACUGCAAAUUUUUUGUGGUCUUCUUUGCUAUUUUCUACUUCCUUCUGCCCAUCUCAAUUAUUUUGGUUGUCUAUUGCAGUAUGUUCAAAGUGGCCAGGGUAGCUGCCAUGCACCAUGGCCCACUUCCCAAUUGGAUGGAUACCCCACGGCAGAGAUCAGAAUCCCUCAGCAGCAGAUCCACUAUGGUGACUAGCUCAGGGGCCCCUCGGACUACCCCUCAGAGGACGUUUGGGGGUGGGAAAGCAGUCAUCAUCCUCCUGGCCGUGGGAGGACAAUUCCUCUUUUGCUGGCUGCCGUAUUUCUCCUUUCACCUCUACUCUGUGAUGAGCUCCCAUUUUCCUGGCCAGCAGACAGAGAAUGUGGUGACUUGGAUUGGCUACUUUUCCUUCACCUCCAAUCCUUUCUUCUACGGGUGCCUCAACCGACAGAUACGAGGAGAACUCAGCAAGCACCUCACUUGUUUCUUCAAGCAGCCUCCUGAAGAGGACCUCAGGUUACCAAGCAGAGAUGGCUCCAUAGAAGAGAACUUCUUGCAGUUCCUGCAAGGGACUGGUUGUAGUGCUGAAGCCAGAAACAAUCUUUCCCAACCUAGCCCCCAAAGGGAUCAAACAACCAUAGAUUUCCGAAUUCCAGGGCAAAUUGCAGAAGAAACUUCCGAGUUCCUGGACCACCAUAUGAAUAGUGAGAUCAUUGUCUCAGAUAGCUACAUCAGGGCAGCAUGCACACCCAAGCCAGAACUGUAGCUGUUUUUGCACUUGACAAUCUAGUUUACUGAUGUGUGAAAUAAUGCAGAUUAUAGCAGCUGAUGAAGUGGGAAUGGGAGGGGUGUGGUGUGGUGGGGAGAGUGUUCAAUAAAUACAACCGUGACAAUUGGAA